ACAGCAAAAAAUUAUCUUGCUUGCAAAAAUUUUAAUUUUCAAUAAAAUAAUAGUUUAGAGUUUAAUUGUAUUGUUAAAAAUAUUGUAAUUACUUUACUUGACCACGAAACUUCAUCAGAAAGAUAAAAAUUCAUUACCGGAAUUUAUAAUUGUCUCAUAAAUCUAAUUUGAAAUUUUCGGCAUUUUUGUUGUUGUAAUCAGUUGAAGAUUUGGAUCUAUAAUGUCAUUACCAAACUAUAAGCCGAUUGCACCAAAUUCUCAUCUCAUGACCGCUGGACAUCCUGUGACAUUCAAUAUAUUGAAAGAGCGUCUACGUGCGUCUGGGGGCGGACCAGGUGAUCGACGUGAUCAAAGUCCUUUCCUUCAUUCUCUCCAUGGAAAUCCAGCUUUCACUCCGCAAAAAGCGGGCAAAGCAAGCAUUGCCAGUUUGGAAUCUCGUCUUCCAAAGCCUCCAAAACCACCAGAGAAACCUCUCAUGCCUUACAUGCGAUACUCACGAAAGCAAUGGGACAGUGUCAAGAACACUUACCCUGAAUUGAAGCUUUGGGAAAUUGGCAAGAAGAUUGGAAAUAUGUGGCGUGAUUUACCAGAAACAGCGAAACAAGAAUACAUCGCAGAGUAUGAAGCUGAAAAAAUUGAGUAUGAGAAGAGUUUGAAAGUUUACCAUAAUUCACCAGCAUACUUAGCUUACAUGUCAGCAAAGAGCAAGAAGUCUGGAACUGACGGAGAUGUUCACGACCAACCGAGAUCAAGUUCUAAAAGUCAACAAGAUCGUAGAAUUGACAUUCAACCAGCAGAAGAUGACGAAGAUCAAGACGACGGAUAUUCAUUCAAACAAGUCGCGUAUGCGCGUUAUUUGCGCAAUCAUAGAUUGAUCAAUGAAAUCUUCUCGGAUGCAGUUGUUCCCGAUGUCAGAUCGGUUGUAACAACACAACGAAUGCAUGUCUUAAAACGUCAAGUUCAAUCACUUGCAAUGCAUCAGAAGAAACUUCAAGCUGAACUGCAACAAAUUGAAGAGAAGUUCGACACGAAGAAAAGAAAAUUUGUUGAAUCUUCAGAACUUUUCCAAGAAGAAUUAAAAAAACAUUGCAAACCAGCUGUUGACGAAGAAGCUUUUCAAAAAAUAGUCGAAAGACAAUACGAAGCAAUGAAACGUGAAAGAUUACGUGCGAUUGAAGAGCAAAACAAGGCACCUUUGCAAGCAAAAUCAGAUGAAGUUCCAGUUCAAGCGAAUACAGCACAACCAGCAGUAACAUCGGAACCAUUGCCAUCAUCAGAAGCCGGCCAAUCAACAGCUGAGCCAAUGGAUAUUGAGCCACCGAUCAAAGCCGCAUCUGACUCGGAUGACAACAAAUCGAACGAUUCGACGGCUUCCCAGCCUCAACAUUUACAGGAGAUGGCAAAAAGCACUGUUGUCAUGAAGGAAUCUCCACCAGCAACUUCAGUAGCUGUUAAUGAACCUGUCGAAGUUGCACCUACUUCAGUUGCAGUGUCUCCACCAGCACCUCAACCAAUUGAGACUCCUGCAAUUUCUCAAAGUGAAAGCAAACCGAUCGUGGAAGCAGCUCCACCAAUUAUUCCACAAACAACGACAACUCCACCUCAAACUGCUAUGCAUUCAGCUCCACCAGCUGCUACACAAAUUCCUCCCACUUCGAGUGUUCCGGGACCGAUUCCACAUAGCCAGGAAGCAUCAAUUCCACCGCCAAAUGUUACAGUGACUCAUCCUGGCAUUCCAAUUCCUGGAUCUCAUUUACCUCCACAUGGUUCGUAUCCGGGAUAUCCGCAAGGCCCUCCGAGGGCUCCAUUUUACGGUCAUAUGCCGCCUUAUCAACAAGGCUUCCAACAAUAUCCAUACGGACAUCACAUGCCACCGUAUCAGCAGAAUUAUCAUGCUCCACCUCAUAUGGGCCCAGCUCCACAUGGUUAUCCUGUUCCAGGUCCACCACCCAACGCUGAAAACCUCAAUCCAUAUCAAGCAGGUCCGGCAAUGCAUCCUCCAAUGCCUCAUCAGCCAUUACCACCAACAGUAACAGCACCAGGAGCUCCACCAACAGCACCACCGCCAAAUCCAAUACCUGAAGAAGUUCCAGACAAGAACGGUAGCUAAAUCUAAUGAUUUCUCCAUGCACAACUUUCACUAACUUUAAAUGCACAAGAUCAUGAACAAUUUUACCACAAGAAAUAAAAUUUUUCAAUAGAAGAUUUCAAAUUUCCAGAUGACGAGACAAAGGAAAGUGAAAGCAAGGAGGAAGAUAAAGAAAAAUAAUCGUAAAAUCAUUCUGUGAAAUGGAAGGAUUAAUGGAAGUUCUGAAAGCAGAGUUGCAAACAGUGAAGUGAACAAUAUAAUUGAAAAAAUAUUCGUUUGUCAUUUUUUAUUAUCAAUAAUUAUAAAUAAGUAAUUAAAUAACUUUCAAUUUUAUGUUUUUUAAACACAUCAAGAUAAUAAAUAAAAUUCGAUAAUUUCUUCUAACUUCACAAAAAAAAGAAUACUAAAUAAGAAAGUGAUGGAACUUUAUCUGAUAAAUUUUAUUCUUCCUUCAAUCACAGGUGCAAUUGGAGAUUUUUUCCUUAGAAAAUCUAUUAACGAGUCACGAUAAGUUUUGGUGAAGAUUUUCUUUAUUUUUCCUUUGAACAUUUCGAAUCCGUCACUGCCUUUUCCAAUGAAAUAGCUUGUCAAGAUUUCGUAAGACUUCUUCAAGUCGACUUCAUGGAAAUCGAAAUUCUGGCAUGAUUUGCAUCGAACUUUGAGGCUUGCAACUCUUUGACCUGAUGGAUUAUUGAGAUUGUAAGUCACUUGAAUACCUGAAACUUGCAAGAACUCGCCAGGUUUGUCAAAUUCCAGAAAUCGAUGAACAGAAUUCUCGAAAGCUUGCAACAAAUCUUCACCAGUAACUUCAAGAAGAGUUAAAUUAUCGUUGAAUGGCAUCGUCAAUUCAAUAUCACCUUCGUCGAUUAUCCCAGCAUUUGGUUCGUGAUCAAUUGACGAUCUGAUUGCACCACUACCGAGAAUGGCAACGACAUCGUCAUGAUCAAUACUCGAUUCUGAUGAAAACCAAUCCACAAACCCAUCAGUGAUGAAAUUUCCCAAAUUACAUUCUUUAAUUCGACAUUUUCCAUCGAGAAAAACUUCAGUCCUUCC